AUGUUCCAAUGGGCUGAUGAGUUUGACAGUGGUCCCAACCAAAUCACCAUACCGGCGGAUUCAGUCGGAGACAUUAUCUACGUGGUUGAAGGCGAGAUGACUGGAGAACGGUCAUUGAUGCAGGUGUGCGUACUGAACACUCGCAAUAUGCAGUGGACCAUAGCGGUGCCGAAUGAGAAAGGUUCGAGGGCGCCCAGCUAUCGCUACGGACAUUCGGCGGUGGCAUACGGACACUGUAUCUACGUGUGGGGUGGUGGCACUGUCCCGAAAAAUACCCGAAAUGAACUGUACUGCUUCAACACAGUGACUUCAACGUGGCGACUGAUCGAUAUGGAAACACAACCAGCCAACCGAUAUCACCACUCUGCGUGCCUCUAUGGGAAACGGAUGUACAUUUUUGGUGGAUUUUGUGUGUUUAACGAUGAAAAAUGUAAUGAUGUGCAUUACCUGGAUCUCGAGACUCACCGUUGGCAUCGGGCUCGAACUACUGGCUACCAUCCAGAUGUGUCUCACUACGACUCAGUAGUGGUUAUCAACCACAAGAUAUUUUCAUUUGGAAUGUCUGGUAUAGCGUACCUGGAUCUAAAAAAGAACCGUUGGCAUUAUGUGCAGAACAAAUUCCGCUACAUAGGGUAUAAUAAUUGUUUCUCUUAUCGAAACAAGUUGUACAUUUUGUUCGAUGACAAAUCCGCUUGCGGUUGCUUCCGCAAUAUCGCGAAAUGCCUUGAUCCGGAGACAUUAAAGUGGAAGGAUGUGCAAAUUCUAGGGCCUCUCCAGGAUACACGCUUUGGACAUAGGUGCGUAGUGAUCGGUGAAAGGUUAUUUAUAUACGGCGGUCUGAGAUUUCGCGGCUCGGGUAGAACCUCGCUGCCUCAUGGAGGAGGCACAUUGGUGCUCAUUUUGAGCAAAUCCUUAAAAACGCUGGCAAUACAAGCAAUAAUCGAGAACAAGCUGGAUGUCUCCUCUCUACCCAAACCCAUCCAAGUGAUGCUGAACACAGUAAAGAUGGAACAAACUGAGUGUUCUGUUUGUCUCAGCUCCACCCAAAACAAUCCCAAUGAUAAUUAA